UAUUAAUGAAUCAUUAUGUUAAAAAUCAAACCUGCCAAAAGGUGUAAAUAUGAUGUCCGGGAUGCGGCGUUACGAUCCCUUUCGCGUGAUCUAUAUCUAUGGAUCGUUUUUAGCUUUAUAUUCAUAGCAGAUAUUUAUUGUUACGUAUCAGCCGAACCGUAUGGCGGCGGUUCUGUCGGUAUACAUAUACCGGGCGGUAGUAUUGGUGCAAUUAGCGAAUCUCGCUGUCCUAGAGUCUGUUCAUGCAAUGGACUUACGGUCGACUGUUCUCAUCGCGGCCUCACCCAAGUUCCGCGCAAGAUAUCAGCUGACGUAGAAAGAUUAGACUUACAAGGCAAUAAUAUAACUGUGAUUUUUGAAUCCGAUUUUCAAAGGCUAACAAAAUUAAGGAUACUACAACUAACUGAUAACCAAAUUCAUACAAUCGAAAAAGGCACCUUUCAGGACUUAAUCUCAUUGGAGCAAUUACGAUUAAACAACAAUCGACUGAAAGCAAUUCCAGAAAAUUUCGUUGCAAGUUCAGCAAAUCUUUUGCGAUUAGAUUUAUCACAUAAUGCGAUUGCAACGAUUGGACGUCGACUUUUUAAAGGUGCUCACUCAUUGCGUAGCCUGCAAUUGGAUUACAAUCAAAUUACAUGUAUGGACGAGCAUGCCUUUAAAGGUUUAGUUGAAUUGGAAGUCUUAAAAUUGAAUAACAAUAACAUAACAUCACUACCGCAUAAUGUAUUCAGCGGUUUGAGUCGAUUGCGGGCCUUACGUUUGUCGGACAAUCCAUUUUCUUGCGAUUGUCAUUUGUCGUGGCUGUCGCGCUUCCUACGCAACGCGCCUCGUUUGGCUCCGUAUACACGUUGUCAAUCGCCAUCGCAAUUGAAAGGUCAAAACGUGGCAAACCUUCACGAUCAAGAGUUCAAAUGUUCAGGUCUUACGGAGCAUGUGCCACUUGUAUGCGGUUUAGAAAACAGUUGUCCACAUCCGUGUCGUUGUGCAGACGGCAUUGUCGAUUGCCGAGAAAAGAGUUUAACAACUGUACCGGCUACAUUACCCGAUGAUACGACCGAAUUGCGUUUAGAACAAAAUUUCAUAACGGAAUUGCCACCGAAAGCAUUCGCUAACUUUAAACGGCUUCGACGGAUUGAUUUGUCCAAUAACAACAUCUCGAAAAUAGCGCACGAUGCCUUAAGCGGUUUAAAUGCCUUAACCACACUUGUUUUGUACGGCAACAAAAUAAAGGAUUUGCCCUCCGGAGUUUUUAAAGGGCUCACAUCACUUCAGUUGCUACUAUUGAAUGCAAACGAGAUCUCUUGCAUACGUAAAGAUGCAUUCCGCGACUUGCACAGUCUAAGUCUGCUAUCAUUGUAUGACAACAACAUCAAAACUAUGGCUAAUGGAACGUUUGAUGCCAUGAAAAGCAUUCAGACAUUGCACCUGGCAAAGAAUCCUUUCAUUUGCGAUUGCAAUUUACGUUGGUUGGCUGAUUAUUUGCACAAGAAUCCUAUUGAAACGAGUGGCGCUCGCUGCGAAUCGCCCAAGCGAAUGCAUCGCCGACGUAUCGAAACGUUACGUGAAGAAAAAUUCAAAUGCUCGUGGGAUGAGAUGCGUAUGAAACUUUCAGGCGAGUGUCGUAUAGAUACAGAAUGCCCGGCACUAUGCCAAUGCGAUGGCACUAUUGUCGAUUGUUCUGGACGUGGUCUUAAAGAAAUCCCUCGAGAUAUACCGCUACGUACAACGGAACUACUUCUUAAUGACAAUGAGCUAAUACGCAUUAAAUCGGAUGGAUUGUUUGGUCGUUUGCCUCACUUAGUCAAACUGGAACUUAAACGCAAUCACAUCACAACAAUUGAAGACAAUGCAUUUGAAGGAGCCUCACGUAUUCUCGAUCUGCAAUUAGUUGAGAAUAAAAUCAAAGAAAUAUCGAACAAGAUGUUCCUCGGUUUGCAUCAAUUAAAAUCUCUCAAUUUGUAUGAUAAUCAAAUUUCUUGUGUAAUGCCCGGCUCAUUUGAAUUCCUGCAAUCGCUCUCAACGCUAAAUUUGGCAUCGAAUCCGUUUAACUGUAAUUGUCAUUUGGCCUGGUUCUCCGAUUGGUUACGUAAGCGUGCGUUGCUGGGCGGCGCUGCACGUUGCGCUACACCCUCAAAAGUACGUGAUGUCCAAAUUAAAGAUUUACCCCACAACGAAUUUAAAUGCACGUCAGACAAUAAUGUUGGCUGCUUAGGUGAUAACUAUUGUCCACCUGCUUGUACGUGCACUGGUACGGUGGUGCGAUGUUCUCGCAAUAAUUUAACAGAAAUACCACGCGGUAUACCGAGUGAAACAUCCGAACUUUACCUAGAAUCGAACGAAAUCACACUAAUACAUCUGGAUCGAAUACGUCAUCUGAAAGGAUUGAUGCGAUUAGACUUAAGCAACAACAAAAUAAAUAUAUUAUCGGAUUUUACGUUUGUGAAUUUAACAAAACUAUCGACAUUAAUUAUUUCUUACAAUAACCUACAGUGCCUGCAACGGCACGCAUUGGCAGGAUUAAAUAAUUUGCGCGUUCUAUCACUUCAUGGUAAUCAAAUAUCAAUGAUGCCGGAAGGAUCAUUCGAUGACCUGAAAUCACUUACACACAUUGCUCUUGGCAAUAAUCCGCUUUAUUGCGAUUGUGCUCUUAAGUGGUUUUCGGAUUGGAUAAAACUCGAUUAUGUAGAACCGGGUAUUGCACGUUGCGCUGAACCGGAAUAUAUGAAAGAUAAACUCAUACUUUCAACGCCUUCGCAGAAUUUCGUCUGCAAGGGUAGAGUUAAUAAUGAAAUUAUGGCAAAAUGUGAUGCCUGCUACACGUAUCCGUGUCAAAAUAAAGCCAAAUGUGUUGCGUUGGCACAGCGUGAUUAUCAAUGUCUCUGCCAGCCGGGCUUUCAUGGCAAACAUUGUGAAUUCAUGAUUGAUGCUUGUUACGGCAAUCCUUGUCGCAAUAAUGCCACGUGCACAGUUCUAGAGGAGGGUCGUUUCAGCUGCCAGUGCCGUCCGGGAUACACUGGAGCCCGCUGUGAAACCAAUAUCGACGAUUGCCUGGGCGAAGUGAAAUGUAAGAAUAAUGCGACUUGCAUUGACGGCAUCGAAUCGUACACUUGCGAAUGUCAACCAGGUUUCACGGGUCAAUAUUGCGAUACGAAAAUCAAUUUUUGUAGUGACGACUUCAAUCCCUGCGUAAACGAUGCUAAAUGCCGCGAUCAUUUUACUCAUUAUACCUGCGAAUGUAAGCCCGGCUUUCAUGGCGUCAACUGUACCGAUAAUAUCGAUGAUUGUCAAAAUCACAUAUGCCAAAACGGUGGUACUUGCAUAGACGGCAUUAAUGAUUAUGUGUGCAUGUGUCCAGAAGAUUUUACCGGCAAGUAUUGCGAAGGUCACAACAUGGUAUCAAUGAUGUAUCCUCAGACAUCGCCUUGCCAGAAUCACGAAUGCAAGCACGGUGUGUGUUUUCAACCGAAUCCAUCUGGUUCAGAUUACCUUUGCAAGUGUCAUCCGGGUUACACGGGUAAAUGGUGCGAAUACUUGACGAGUAUCAGUUUUGUCCACAAUAAUUCUUUCGUCGAAAUGGAACCUCUUAGAACCAAACCGGACGCUAAUGUCACAAUUGUAUUCAGUAGCACUGAACAAAAUGGUAUACUUAUGUAUGAUGGUCAAGAUGCGCACUGGGCCGUAGAACUCUUUAAUGGCCGCAUACGGAUUAGCUACGAUGUUGGCAAUUAUCCAGUGUCUACCAUGUACAGUUUUGAAAUGGUAGCGGAUGGGAAAUAUCAUUCAGUUGAAUUGCUGGCGAUAAAGAAAAAUUUCACACUUCGCGUUGAUCGCGGUCCCGCAAGAUCCAUAAUAAAUGAAGGUUCAAAUGAUUAUUUAAAACUAACGACCCCUUUAUAUUUGGGCGGUUUGCCACCCGAACCAGCUCAGCAAGCGUAUAAAAAUUGGCAAUUACGUAAUCUGACCAGUUUCAAAGGAUGCAUGAAAGAGGUCUGGAUCAAUCACAAACUAGUUGACUUUGAAAAUGCUGCUUUGCAACAAAAAAUUACGCCAGGAUGUGCUUUGCUCGAAGGCGAAAAUCAAGAGGAAGACGACGACGAACAAGAUUUCAUGGAUGAAACUCCACAAAUGGAUCCAUGUGAAAAUAGUAAAUGUCGUCGUGGAAGCCGAUGCGUACCUAAUCCCAGUUCGCGUGACGGCUAUCAUUGUAAAUGCAAGCAAGGUCAAAAGGGACGUUAUUGUGAUCAAGGUGAGGGCACCAGCACAGAGCCCCCAACAAACACUGUCGCGUCAACUUGCCGCAAAGAACAAGUACGAGAAUAUUAUACCGAAAAUGAUUGCAGGUCACGUCAGCCACUUAAAUAUGCUAAAUGCGUUGGUGGCUGUGGCAAUCAGUGCUGUGCAGCGAAAAUCGUACGAAGGCGAAAGGUGCGCAUGGUGUGUAGCAAUAAUAGAAAGUACAUUAAAAACCUUGAUAUUGUAAGAAAGUGCGGUUGCACAAAAAAAUGCUACUGACUGAAAGAUGCGACUACCCAGAGCAGCUUAGAUUUAAAAUUAAGACUAUAUAGUAACGUCACCAUUUCAAAUAGCAGUAAUGAUAAGGAUUCUACACGUAAUAGUAAUAAUUUUAAUAUUAGUAAUAAUUUUAGCUUAGCUGAUAGCAUAAGAUUAACGGAAAAAUUAUUUAAAUCGUAUGCCAAUGGCGGGGGGGGAAAAAUAAUUGAAGGAGACCAUCUUCUAAACAAUAAAACAAAUAAAUUUAGUGAUAUGAAGGAGCAGGUGGAUUAUGCAGGUGAAUAUGAGACUGAAGAAGAACAAGAAGAAGAAGAAGAAGAACAGGGUACCGAGAAAAUGCAAUUAAAUCCAAGUACGGAUUUCUACGAAGACGAAGACUUACUGGAUGACGAUGAAAACGACGAUGAAGAUGAUGAUGAUGAUGAUGAUGAUGAUGAUGAUGAUGAUGAUGAUGAUGAUAACGAGUAUGACGAAGAUGACGAAUAUGACGCGAAUGAAGCUGAAAGCUUACCGGAAGCGAGAGGCCUAAAACAGCCUUCAAAUAACGAAGAUAUAACAGAUAAAGAAGAACAUGAUAACAACGAAGAAGAAGAAGAAGUUGAUAUGGGUUACGAUGAAGACGAUGAACGUCUUGCCGUGGAAAGACCAAAGGUAUCAAGUUCACGGCAAUACGGUAGUAGUAGUAGUAUGCAAGAUUUCAUGAAUGAGGAAGGAAGUGGCAAUGAUUAUUUACGCAGUAAUUACAAUAGAUUCAAGAGCAACGGCAAAGAUAAAACCAGAAUGGAUUACAUUACGAAAUAUCGAAGAAAACACCAAAAAUUUAUAACCGAUCGUACAAGGGGGGGCGAAACGGAAGUUGAUUUGCGAGAAAGCAGCGGCAAUUUUGCUAACGAUGAUGAAGAUAAUGAUGACGACAGCGAUGACGAUGAUGAAGAUAGCGAAGGGUUCUUCAGUUCGAAGAGAAAAUCGCAUAGCCGCUACUUUCGAAAAAAUACAAACGACGCUAUUAAAAUAAUUUCGACGCCACUCGGAAAAGUGAGCAUUGUGUAUCAACCUACGCCUAAUCAGGCGGACGAGAAGUCCGCCGAAAGUAGUGACAAAAAGUCAACAACUUUUACUGAUUUUGAUGCCCUUUCGCCGGAUCCCGAGAGCAGUCAUCGUUUGGCGUCCUCUCAUCCGAAAAUUACACCGGUCUUAACACCCGAUGGCAAGGUUGCGUUGCUUUAUCGCGGCGACUCCGAAAAUACUAAAUACGAACCAAUACGUAACCUUACUACUCAUAAAUUUAAUAAUAAGCCCGAAAGCAAGUCUUCUUCACCUACCGACAAUUUAGACAAUAGCGACUCUGACGAUUCGGCAUCAAGUGUUGACAUCGACGACGACGAACUUUCUGCAGGCUUUAAGCUCGACAAUGACAAUAAAAAUGCUUUCGGUUUAAAGACCACCACAGAUGCAGAGGGUCAAGCAGAGAUACUGCCGGCUCCCGAAGUUGCACCCACUACCGGAUCUUUUAUAAUUCGUCCAACUGACUCUGUACUGCCAAUGAUCAAUAGACCUUUGUCUGAAGUACUUGGUAUAAAAAAGAAUCAAUUUAAACAGUUUCGCAUUAAGGAUUCGCAAGCGGUCAUAACCACCGAAACCGAAGAGCGAGCGUUAGGCAGCUUAGAUCAUUCGGAUAGCACAACUUUGCACUUUAUGACAAAAGUUAAUUUGGCCGAUUAUCCAACGUCGGCUCGAACCCGUAACUUUGAUUUCGAUUUUAGUCGCGACAACACGAUGCUCGAUGAGCGUUCACGUCACAAACAAGAACAGCAAAUAAAGGAUAUGCUUAGUGGCCAUACAUCGUCAAACAAUUACGCAAAUAGUCAACAUAAAGUAGAAGAUAUUGCUAACGAGGAAAUUCUAUCGAAAACCGAAGUCGUUAAUUUAGCAAUAAUUCCGCACUUCGAUGAAGAACUGGAACGUUUACAAAGACUGCGAGAAUAUGAGGGUCGCCGUCAUCAUCGUCAACGUCAUCGGCAUAAACAAACCGAAGAGGAUCUUUCGGGGAUACAUUGCGUCAUGCAGGUCAUGAUGGGUAUCGCAGCAAUCUCAACUGUCUUCGGUAUGCUUGGCACAUUCUUUAAGCAACGUAUUUUAGAUCAAAUUCGCCUAAUGCACUGGUAGUACAAGAAGGGUAUUCGAUUGUAUCACAAUCCGCAAUUGAAUACCCCAAAGCAUCUAAUAUGCUUGUCGUUCAUGCACAUCUUCGUAAGCUGAAAUGAUCAAUAGGAACUUGUUUACACUAUUUUCAAGUUUAACCGAUCAACUUCUCAGCUUAACUACAUAUGUUAUAUGAAUAUAUGUAUAUAUAUAUAUAUAUUCUUUCAGCAGUAUUUCCUUUCGUAAAAAGAUUCAAAUUGUAGUAAAAUCUCCCCUUUUAUAUAUAUAUAUAUAUAUAUAGAUAUCUAGAUAUAUUUAUAUAAUUCUAUAUAUUAUUCUAUGCUUUUAAUUCUACCCUUUCGUGUAGUGAGAAACGUAAGUGACUAACUUGACUUACUCAAUAUACAAAUACAUAUAAACAUAUAAACUUAUUACUAACGACUAACGCAUUACUCUCAAUAAGUAUAUGAUGCAAACUACCCAGGACAUUGCUAUAAGUGUGUGUGUCAUGCAGACAUAAAAACAGUGUCUGCUAUAUAAUAAUUACAAUACAUAUAAAUAUGUGUAAAAGCCACGCGUCUGUCCUUAGCUCUUCUCCCUUUUCUCCAUUCAUCGUUCACAACAUGAAUUUAUUCAAAUAAGAAUUCCCUUCGCCUCACACAGUAUACCCGCCGCGCACACACACUCCCUCAUCUUAAUUAUUCUAUAUCGGAAGAUUAAUUAUGUAUAUACAUAAACAUGUACACACAUAUAUAUAUAUAUAUAUAUAUAUAAUAUGUAUAUAUAUAAUAUAUGUACAGUGUUUAUGUACAUGAAUGUCCAGAGAAGAGAAAUGAAAAUCUUUUACUAUAUGACUUGAUGAACUACAACUAUGCCAAUUAUUUAGAAGAAAACAAAAAGAAGAAGGGUCACAACGACAUUCCAAAUAAAACGAAUAUAAACGAAGUAAUUGUAACUAAAC